ACUCGACAUUCGUGCGCGUGGGUUCUGGGAAAGUCAACGAUCAGCCUUUUUUGAUAUAAGGGUUUGUCAUCCCAAUGCUGAUUCGUACAAGGACCUGGAGCUACGCCAAGUCUACAAGAUACACGAAAACGAGAAGAAGCGCCUAUAUGCAAGGAGAGUCCUCGAAAUAGAGCAAGGAACAUUUACGCCACUCGUAUUCACCACCACAGGCGAUAUGGGCAAAGAAUGUGUGAGAUACCAUAGUCGAUUGGCAGAGUUGGUAGCCAUAAAGAAGGGAGAAGAUUAUGCGACAACUAUGAGUUGGAUAAGAGCCAGAACCUCAUUCGCCUUAUUGAGAUCGGCACUUACCUGCUUGAGGGGUUCAAGGGCAAGGAAAAUCAUGUAUGAUAUUAGGAACAUUGAUUUUAAUAUUGAGAACGCCGAGAGUGCUAUCUCUCAAACAAUUUAGAUUGUACAAUAUACAAAGUUUAAUUGUUUAGUUAUUUAGCGGAAUAGUUUAGUUAUUUAGCUACUUAGCGGUAAAUAUUUUAAUUAUGUAGCGGUAUAUGUUCCAGAGUUUGUUUUUAAAAUUUAACUGUACAUAUCAACGAACAUUUAGACACUUUUUUAAUUAUACCCAAAGAACAGAUUAUAUAAUAUAGUCAUUGAUAACAAAAGCAUUGUUGUAUAUAAUGAAAUGAUGAAUAAAGUUGUAAUUAUUAUUAUUAAAAAAAAAAAUAUAUUAUUAUUAUUAUUAUUAUUAUUAUUAUUAUUAUUAUUGUUUUGCAAGACGGGCUCUAGUGCUUAACUUGAGCAACAAUUCUAACCUCAAGCGCUGGAACAUUCGAGAUUCUCCAAAUUGUGACCUUUGCAACAAAAUUCAAACACAACUUCAUGUUCUUUCAUAUUGCCCUGUAGCGUUACAACAACAUCGGUAUACGUGGAGGCAUGAUUCUAUAUUAAACACCAUUCUUCAUCACUUAAGGAGAGUGAUGUCGGAAGACCUGGAAAUUUUUGCCGAUUGUCCAGACUCUGGCUUGAAAUGUACGUCCAAUCUGUUUCAAGCGUUAAGGCCAGAUAUUACGAUUCGUUAUAAAAGAGAUUUGUAUGUGAUUGAAUUGACUGUCCCAUAUGAAACGAACUGCAUGAUUGCAAGACGACGUAAACAAGAAAAAUAUCGGGCAUUGCGAUCACAGUUACUCGUACGGUGUGAUAGAUUUAAAGUUAUAACUUUGGAAGUCACUACUCUAGGCUUCGUCACGAAGAGUAUAGGCCAAUUUCGUAGGCUAUGUAGGUUGUUAAAUUUGCAAGACGAUCGUAUCAUAACAAAAUGUAUGGAGGUUGCACUUCGUGCCACUUUCUACAUAUUUUGUAAGAGAAAUAAGAACUGGUCUUGCCCUGAAAAGCUCAACUUCUAUUAGCUACUAAUGUGUGACAGUGUAGAUAACGGACCUGCUUAUUCAGAGAACUGUUGUCUUAUUUAUUAAGUGUAGUUAGGGAAAAUUUGGUCUGGACUCAUAAAUGUAUGACUAUAUGGGUCAGGCUAUGUAAUUGAUUUGUAAAGGUUUAAAAAAAAAUUAUUAUUAUUAUUAUUAUUAUUAUUAUUAUUAUUAUUAUUAUUAUUAUUAUUAUUAUUAUUAUUAUUAUUAUUAUUAUUAUUAUUAUUAUUAUUAUUAUUAUUAUUAUUAUUAUUAUCAGCAUUGAGCAGAGCAGCAUUGUUUAUAUAUGCACUCUGUACAUGUUGUUCGUUUUAUCGCUAUUUUCUUACUUGAACCACAGUUUAUUAAUCAAAAAUAUUAUAACUAUCAGAUUUACUAGGAUAUAAAUCAUGAUUCGUUCAAGCCUUGUUGCUAUGUUGGCCAUUUGCGCUGUUUGCUCGUUCUGUGGCAAAGAGUUCGUUACACUCGGCCGCCAUUCUUGGCGUUGUAAACAACAGUUGAAUCAAAAUCUUCCUGGUAACACAGUUAACCAGAUACCGGUUAUACAUUCUGCUGUUAGGAUCUCGAAUACUGAUGAUGUGAAAUGCUAUUGUGGUAAAUCAUGCAAAGGAACACGGGGUCUUAAAAUGCAUCAACGUAGUUGUCGUGUAAUACACGGAUUAAAUGACGAACUGCUUACGGACCUUGAACAACAAUCUACUGAGAACUCUAUAGGCUAAGAACUCUACCGAUAGUUUUAAUUCUUCUACUGUUGAGGAAAACAAUACCAUGGCAAACGACGCAAGUAAUCAGAAUUUCCCAGUGUUAAAGAACGGAAUAAAACUCCCCCAAAACGACGCAGAAUGGUCAACGGCCAAUAACUAUUUCAAAUUUGCGCUUGAAUUAAAUGCACCAAUCAGAGCUCAAGAUCUAAGCUCUAGCAUCUUGCAAUUAAAUAAUGUGGUCUACAAUUAUUUUGCUGAUAACUUCGGUCAUGCCGAAAAGAUUCCGGAUAAAGCACUGGUGGAUAAGUACAGAGACCAAACAGUAAAGGAGUUGAAGAAAUCUCUGAAAAAACUAAAACUUUCAAACGCCGAACCUCAUGAAAUUAAAUACGUGUCUCGCACAUUGCGUGAGAAAUUGCGUAAUGCCAGGCAAAACAAUCUCGAUGACCAGACAAAUCAAACCCACAAUGAAGUAUUUAAUCACGACAAUUACAUUGGUAGAAACUUUUGGGGCUACGUUAAAAACAUCCUGAAUAAGAACACUUCCCUACUUCCCACAUUUUCGAUGAUAGAAUGCCUGACAUAUUUCAAGAGAACUCUAAGCGCAAUUAACACACAUAAACUAUUCUGUAUUCCCAGCUGGAUUCCAAAGUUAUCCGAACCCGUCAUCAAUUUUGACCUUGAACCCCCAACAUAUCGCCAAGUUACAAAUAUAAUUCGCCGAAUGAAAGCAUGCGCCUCACCUUGCCCGCUCGAUCAACUUUCAAUAAUUUGCUUUAAACGAUGUCCAUUUCUUCGUACGUACUUGACAGAAGUAAUACGUAGCGUUUGGUCUUCAAAAUAUGUACCUGCCGAAUGGAAAAAAGCAUGUUCUGUACUUAUACACAAAAAGGGAAAUACAAAUGACCCUUCCAAUUUCCGUCCUAUUACUCUGGAAUCCAUACCCUUAAAAGUGUUUACCUCAUAUCUUCGCAACGCCAUGUUCUCCUUUCUAACGGCUAAUAAUUUCAUUGAACAAAAGAUUCAGAAAGGCUUCACUCCCAAUUUGUCUGGCACUUUGGAACACACAGCUCAAAUGACAAACAUCAUCAACCAAGCGAGAAUAAAACAACGCUGUGUUGUCAUCACCCUUCUUGACCUUAAAAACGCCUUUGGUGAAGUGCAUCAUAAUCUCAUUCAAUCUGUCCUCGAUUAUCAUCACAUUCCCGAACAGAUUAAUGAAAUUAUCAAGAGCUUGUAUACUGACUUCAACCAUAGUUAAUAUUCAUAACUGUUGGCCGAGGUGUACUUCAAGGUGUACUUGAAUAUCUGUUUCAACACCUUUAUUCAGCACAUUAAAGCUGGUUUCAUGACCAAAUUUUUAAAUCCAAUCCAUUGGUUCCAGUUUGCUGACGAUGCAGCCGUUAUUAGCGGUCAAGAGUGCGAAAAUCAGCACCUUUUAAAUCGCUUCUCAAUCUGGUGUCAAUGGUCAAACAUGAUUACUCCAGUCGACAAAUGUAGUACAUUUGGCAUUAAGAAAAGUCUGACAAAAUCAAUCCAAUACCUACCAAGACUCCUCAUUGACAAUAAAUUAAUACCGGCCACUAAAAUAGAAGAGUCUUUCCGAUACUUAGGGAAAUAUUUUGAUUUCAAUAUGUCUGACAAAGAUCACAAACAAGAACUAAUCACCCUCCUUGAAGAUAUCAUGUCAGAAAUUGACCUCAAACCGCUACACCCAAAGAACAAAAUUUUACUCUAUAGUCGUUAUCUCCUAUCGAAAUUCUCCUGGCAUUUUACUGUCGCUACCUUAUCAAAAACGUGGGUUUCUGAAAACAUGGACUCAGUAGUUAAUAAAUUCGUACGGCAAUGGCUUGAAAUACCCGUAUCUGGAACUUUAAGUAAUGUCUUCCUCGCAAGUAGUAAAUUUGGACUAAAUAUAUACCCUCCAUCCGUCAAGUUCACUCAGUGUCAAACAGUCUCUCGUAAAGCCUUGAAAACCUCUCCAAAUGAUUGUAUAAGAAAUUUAUGGAAAUCAACUUGCGACAAUACUAACAUACAAUACGACGUCUACACCUCAACAAAGGAAGUUCUUAAAAGUUUCAAAUCUGCACAAGAGGACAAGCUUCAAAAUCAUCUGCUUCUCCAAGGCUCCUUUUUCUCUAACAUCGCCAAGUUCUCGUUGUCUACACUAAACAACCUAUGGUCCAAAUCUCAAUCCAGCUUGCCAAAAAGCAUCUAUAACUUCACCAUCCGUUACAACAACAACACUCUUCCCACACGCAAAAACCUCACAAAAUGGGGAAUAAUGUCAAACUCGGAUUGUUCCCUCUGCCUGAACCCUGAAACCCUUCUGCAUGUAGUCGCGGGAUGCCAGUCAUACCUUCCACGAUUUACUUGGAGACAUGACUCCAUUCUCAAUUUUGUCGCAAAAAUAUUCCAACCUGAACACAACUCCACGCUAUUUGUUGAUCUUCCUGGAUACAAGAGCCCAUCAAUAAUAACCGGUGACACUUAUCGCCCAGAUCUGCUUCUUUCGAUUUCAAAUGAUUGUCUGUACAUACUCGAACUCUCUGUCGGAUAUGAAUCCAAUCUCCAAAACAACGUCGAUCGCAAAAGGGAAAGAUACAAGGAUCUAAUUACGCAGCAGAAAGACCAUUUCAAAACUGUCAAAUUUAUUAAUUUGUCUAUUAGUGCCUUAGGUGUUUUCUCAAAAGAAUGUAGCACGUUUAUGAAAAUGUUGAACGAAGUUGGUCUUGAUAAAAAACAUCAGAACUUUUGUGUUAAGAAAAUAAUGUCCAUCGCCAUCAGAACAACGUACUAUAUCAUAGUAUUUUGUUGUAGAAACAAGGAUUGGACCGAUCCCGACUUGAUGAACAUUUAAGAAUGAGCUUUCUCUUAGUUUUAUACCUGUAAUAUAGUUUUAUCAAUAAUUAAUAGUUCAAGUAGUCAAUUAUAAAUUACCUUAAUUAGUGAGAUUUAUAAUUGUAUAUACAUAAAAUGUCAAAAUAAAGUUUCCAUUAUCAUUAUUAUUAUUAUUAUUAUUAUUAUUAUUAUUAUUAUUAUUAUUAUUAUUAUUAUUAUUAUUAUUAUUAUUAUUAUUAUCGUUGUGGUAUUAUUGCUUUUACAUUAUGUUACAUGAAGUACUUAUACUUAUAUAAUAUAUUAGGAACAUUGUAAAUAAUUAGAUAUAAAUUAUAAUAAAUUAUUCUAAAAUACAACAUGGCGUAGUCGACAGUUCUUUUGAAAAUAUCUUGAUCAAUCCUGAUCAAUCCUGCUUUCAUAGUGAAAGUUAAAUGUUUCUUGUGUUUUCUAUGGAUUAAAGGAAGCAGGGAAAUUCGACUAUUCGAGUUUCUCGGCCGUAAUUUUGUCUAAAAUGCCACCGAAAAAGUCUUCUCAACAAUCUGGCGAUGGCGCCUCUGGAACAAGUGUUAAUCUACCUUUUAUCUCGGCGGAAAUCGGAAAACUUACUAAACUUGAUAUUAGCAGCUGUUCUCCUGAAGGAUUUGAGAUAUGGAAACAGCGAUGGGACUCUGUUAUGACGAUUACUCGGUUUUAUGAACUCUCAAAUGAAACUCAAAAAGCUCUCUUUGUUCAAACGAGAUGUUCAAACUCUCAUUGAACCUUUUCAACGCCAGGUAUGUGGCAGUUCAAAUAUAUUUGUGCAUGAAUAUGAAUUCCACAAACGAGUACAAGGCUCGAAUGAAUCGUUUGACGAGUUUUACAAUGAUCUACAAACACUAUUAAAUAAAUGUCAAUACAAGGACUGUUGCCAGAGCUCAACACGAAUGUCGUGUAAGAACCGAAUUCUCUUGGCACGUCUCGUGGCCGGUAUAAAGUCUCAUGAUAUAAGAAAGGGACUUCCCUGUAUUCAAGACCUUACUCUUGACAAAGCUGUACAAUAUUUCCAAGUAGAUGAAGCUACCUCUUCCCAAGCUGAUAAGUUUUUAACUAAAGUUAACAAGACUGGAGCCUCUACAUACAGACAAAAGAAAUUUCCUUAUAACACUGGGAGAGGGGGCUAGUCUCCACCUACAAGGGAUGAAAAUUUGCGAAAAUGCAAAUUUUGCAUGAAGUAUCAUGUUUUCAAGAAGGAAUUUUGCCCUGCAAAGGACUCUGUUUGUAGGGAUUGUCAAAACAAAGGUCACUGGACUAAAUCUGUCAUGUGCCCGAAGUCCUCUAAACCAACAGCUGACCCUGUUGAUCCUGACAAGAAAGUUACUGAUGAAUCUUCUAAGCUUGGUUCCGCCGCUAAACCAACUCUUAAAGUCAUUUCAGCUGAUCAAGAACUAUCCGUUACUUCUGAUGUCUCUGUCAAAGCCAUCACCAUUCCUAGUGUUGGUAAGCACUACUACACUGAUUUUAUACUUGGUAGCCACAACUGGAAGCAAAAAUGCAUGAUUGAUCCUGGCUCCAACAUUAACUGUGUCGGUUAUGCUUGGAUUACCCGUUUUGACACUCCUGAGUGGUCAUACAAUCUUGAAUGUAGUUCCAUCAAGACCGCUGGAGGUCAUACCCUGGAUGUCGAAGCUCGAGUUCUCUUAAAGAUUUCGUGGCCUCCAGAAAAUCCUACCAUUUCUGCUGAUCAGUGGUUCUAUAUCAUUCAUGGUGAAGCUGGUAUUAUCCUUGGUUCUCCUGCCUGUCAUGCACUCGGUGUUAUUGAUGAUGACUGGCCCAUUUCUACACUACUUCAGAACCUUAACCAUCCCUCAUCAGUGAAUACCCGCGACGCAUCAGAAAACAACCCUCAGAUAUGUGUCAACAAACCGACCGAAGUGGACCAUCCAGUUUCAAACCCUACCACGUCUGAAUGUCGAACUUUUCUUCCUGUCAAUUCCAAAGAACCUCUGCAGCAACCACCUCUACCCACACGACCUUGGGACAAACUAGGCGUUGACUUCCGAAAACUUCCGAAAAACAUUUAUAACUUUACUAUACGCUAUAUCAAUAACUCUCUUCCGACACGUAAGAACCUUAGCAGAUGGGGAUUGUCUUCAAGUUCAGAAUGCUCCUUUUGUCUCGGCCCAGAAUCAUUACUGCAUGUCGUCGCUGGAUGUCAGUGUUAUCUCGAUCGAUUUACGUGGAGGCACAAUUCAAUCCUGAACUUUCUUGCCAAUACCUUGCAAACUGUGAACGGUUCUGCCCUCUACGCUGAUACGUAUCGCCCGGAUUUGUUGCUAUCAUUAUCAAAUGGCUCUCUCUAUGUGGUCGAGCUCACUGUUGACUAUGAGACAAACCUCGAGAACAACGUUAAACGGAGCCAAAUAUAGAGAACUAGUAAGACAGCUAGAUGAAAAGUUUAACGAAGUAAACUUUGUUAAUCUUUCCAUGAGCUCCCUGGGUAUUUUUGCGCAAGAAUGCUCUACAUUCUUAGAAAUGUUAGGAAAUGUUGGUCUCGACAAAAACUACCGAACGUACUGUGUUAGGAAAAUGAUGACUAUUGCCAUUUGAAGUACUUAUUACAUUUUCUGCUGUCGAAAUAAGGAAUGGGAAAGUCCGGACUUGUUAACUAUUUGAAAUAUUUGACUGUCUUGUAUAUUUAUUACCUCCGCCAGGAGGUUAUGUAAUCAUCUGGGUUUGUAUGUGUGUGUGUUUGUCUGUGAGCACGAUAACUCAAGAAAUACCAAACAUAUUCAUACGAAAUUUUUUGAAUGCUUUUCCCAUCGGCUGAGGAAGAACUGAUUAAAAUUUGGUUGAAUUUGGUUAAAAAUUGAACGAGAAAUAAACUAAAUUUUGUCUUGCUUUUCCCGGUCAAUUAAAAAAAAACUCACUGAAUGCGUAGUUAGGACGUGUAUAAUGUAUGCACGCAGUACUAAGACAAUAAUGAGAUGAUAAACCUCAUUAAGCUUCAGCCUUCAUUAUCUAUUGUCUUAGUUGCAUUUCACACGACCAAAAUUCUAUGCGGGUGGAGGUAUGCAAUCUCUGAGUGCCCUCUAGUAUAUUUUCAUGUAUUCAGUUUUGUCAUUAUUAUUAGUUCAUAGUUGUGAUUCAAAUAGCCAAUUGUAAGUUACCUUAAUAAGUGAGAUUUACAAUUGUAUAUAUUUAGUAUAUAACAAAAUUAUUAAAUAAAGUUUCCAUUAUUAUUAUUACUAUUAUUAUUAUUAUUACUAUUAUUACUAUUACUAUUAUUACUAUUACUAUUACUAUUAUUACUAUUACUAUUACUAUUACUACUAUUACUAUUACUAUUAUUAUUAUUACUAUUACUAUUACUAUUACUAUUACUAUUACUAUUACUAUUACUAUUACUAUUACUAUUACUAUUACUAUUAUAAUAAUAUGCAUAAAGAUAUUACUCGACUGUGAUUGGUUGAUUUCAAGUUAAUCCCAAACAGCAGUGCAAUUUUCUGUAAUCACAGUGCAAUUUUCUGUAAUCGCAGUGCAAUUUUUUGUAAUCACAGUGCAAUUUUCUGUAAUCACAGUGCAAAAAUCUGUAACAAACUGAUCUGAUUGGUGGAAAAACAUUGUGAUGAUUAAAUCAACCAAUCAGUUUAAAGCAAUUUAGUUUAAAGAAGUAACGGUCACAGAUUGCUUCAAAACAAAACAAACAUGGCGUCGCGCUACACAAAGUAAAAGUUGCCUUCGCGUGGAAAAUAUGGCGUUUAUCUUUAUUUUUAAAUGGAAAAGCAUUUACCUUAAACAGCGUUGUAUAAUGUGAUAUAACAAAGCCAGGAACACUUUGCCAGUGGAAUGAUCGCUAUAAACGCGUAAGUUAAAACUACAAUUGUCUCGAACAUUUUUAUGCAAAUUAUUAAUAAGUAAUAGCAUGGUUUCUCGUGAAAUUUGGAUAAACAUGCACUCGUGAGUUUUUCAAAGACCUCAAAUAGCACUCGUCCUUCGGACUCGUGCUAUUUUGAGGUCUUUGAAAAACUCACGAGUGCAUGUUAUAUCCAAAUUGCACUCGAAACCAUGCUAUUACCUAUUACCAAUUACCUAUUACCCCUUAGCUAUUACCUAUUACCUAUUACCUAUUAUUAUUAUUAUUAUUAUUAUUAUUAUUAUUAUUAUUAUUAUUAUUACUAUUACUGGUCUGGUGCAGGGUCUGUAACAGAGGUAAAGAAGUGGUGGGAUACGUUAUCUGAAAUCGGGCCUGAUUAUGGUUAUUACCCAAAAGGUGAGAAAUGUUGGUUGAUCGUAAAACCGCAGAAAGAAAAUAUUGCAAGAGGGUCAUUUGGGGAAACAACAAUUAACAUAACAACGCAAGGACGGAAACAUCUAGGAGCAGCUGUGGGAUCACGGUCAUAUUUGGUUGAAUAUGUUAAUGAGAAAAUCGAGGGAUGGUUAGAAGAAGUAACCAAGCUAGCCAAAUUUGCGGUGUCACAACCUCAAGCGAGCUACGCGUUAUAUACGUUUGGUCUGAAACACCGAUGGACAUAUUUUCUCCGAACAUUACCAGACAUUCAAGAUUUGAUACAACCUUUAGAGAAUGCAAUUUCAACAUCUUUCUACCGGCGUUGACAGAUCAUGAAUGCACCCAGCUCGAACGCGACAUUCUGGCUUUACCCGUACGAAAUGGUGGUCUAGGAAUUCCAAAUCCAUGUCAUGAAGCAACGAAGGAAUACGCAGCCUCUAUACAAGUAAAAGGUCCACUGGUACGUCAAAUUGAAUCACAAAUGCAUGAAUUACCUGACCUAUCGGACGUACAAGCACUGAUGAGGAAAGCAAGGAAAGAGAAAAAUGAAAUCGCAAAAGAGAAAGCUGAUCUGAUUAUCAACUCAGUAUCGCCAAAAUCAAAACGUAUCCUAGACCUUGCCUCAGAAAAAGGAGCUUCUGCUUGGCUACAAGUUCUGCCAAUUUCAGAUAUGGGUUUCAAUUUGAACAAGCGAGAGUUUGAGCCUUUAAGGAUGCUUUGAAGCUGAGAUAUGAUUGGCCACUUAGUGAUAUCCCAUCAAACUGCGUAUGUGGAGUGCCUUUCAACGUAGACCAUGCUAUGAUAUGCGGUCGAGGAGGGGGGGGGGGGUAUUAUUCAACGCCACAACCAAUUACGGGAUUUAGAAGCUGAACUUCUAAACAUUGUUUGUAAUGAUGUUCAGAUUGAACCUAUCCUACAAGAAAUAAAUGGUGAACCAUUAGACCCAGGCGCAAAUCGUUCACUUGACGCUCGACUUGACGUACAUGCACGUGGCUUUUGGGAGAGGCAAAGGUCUGCAUUCUUUGAUAUCCGGGUAUGUCACCCAAAUGCAGAGUCCUACCGUGACCUAACUCCUGUACAGAUCUAUCGUAUCCACGAAAAUGAAAAGAAACGUAUGUACAACAACCGGGUUACAUAUAUUGAACAGGGAACAUUUACACCAUUAGUCUUUACCACAACUGGUGGAAUGGGAGAGGAGUGCUUGAGCUAUCACUGUCGACUAGCUGAGCUACUUGCUGAGAAGAAAGGAGAGACAUAUUCGAGGACUAUGUCGUGGUUAAGAGCAAAGAUAUCGUUUUCAAUCCUUAGAUCGGCGCUGCUAUGCAUACAAGGCUCAAGAAUGUUAAGAAGAGUACACU